AUGUCUACUGAUCUUUUUCUAAAUAGCACGUUUGGUGACAGUUCUGUCAAUGAGAAUGGUAGGCACUCAGCUAAUGAACAUGAAGAAAUUGAUGCAGAAACCCUUUGGCUAAUCGAUGAAAUUAUCAAACCUGAGCUCCCUAAUAUUAGUGAUAAUGUCAGUCUCUGUCUUCAAAUGUUAGAAAAUGAUCAAGUCUACAAAAUGCCAGUUUCCAAUGGUGUAAAAGAAGGGAAUUCAGAUGUACCAUGGGUUAAAGGUGUUGUAUCUAGAAAACAAGAAUACAUUACUGGCUUUAGAGUGAUGGUCAGGUUCCCAGAUUACCAGAAUGGGAAAGUAGUGGCUUUGGAGAUGAGACCAAAUUUCAAAUAUUUAUUAACACAAUUUGGUUCAAUAGCAGAUAAUUUGCAUAAAAUCAUUACUUUACUUGAUGAUUUAGAAACUAUGACAGAUGUACAUCAAUUUGUUAAAAUUUAUAAAGAUGUUGUGACAAUUUUAGAUGAUUCAAUAAAUCUUCUGCAGGCACCACCAAGUAAACUAACGUACCCAGAAAACAAUAACGAACCCAUGAAACAAAUAUUUGAAAACUACAAGGAAACAUGCGAUAACUCUACAAACCUCAUAGCGUUGGAUCUCAUAUUGGUAAAGAAUGAAUUAUGCAUUGAUUUUAGAAAUUUAAAUAAAGUGACAAAGAAACCUUGGUGUACAAUGGAUCCCAAGACAGGUAAAUCUUUUAUAGAUAAGAUAAAGGAUGAAUUAAUGACAGCAAGAACGAAAAAUGUUAAGCUUAUCCUCGAAGAGAAUGGACUAACCGUUGAUGAUUCUAAUUUCUUGAAUAACUUUAUUAGCAGUACAUUUAAACCCGAUACAACAACCACACUUUCUGAUGCCCAAGAUUAUUUAAGAAGAGGAUCGACAUUCGAUGGGUGUGCCGUGACAGAGUCCUCGAAGAUCAUAGCAUCUACAAGUGAUCCCAUACUUAUAUGUGUGAGUUCUAAACUAAACGGUUUAAAACAUUCCAUAGACAAUCAUUAUGAAAAUUUGAAGAUUCAUCACUAA